AUGAGCACGCCAAUGUUUUCGUGGUCGAAACCCAGUGACCAGUUGAACCAGUCGACGCUAGGUUCGGGUGUGUCAGGUGCACAGGCCGGUGGUUCGUUAUUUGGUACCGCAGGUGGAAAUGCUGCUGGCCAGCCUGCUAACCAGGGCUUUGGUUCAGCAACGGGUUCGGGAUUCGGUGCUGGAUUCGGUGCUGGUGGCACGAAUUCUUUCUCACAACAGCCUCAACAGCAGACUCAACAGUUGCUGCUACAGCCUCAACAACAACAGCAGCAGCAGCAGCAACAGCAACAGCUGCAGAAUGGACUGGGUUCGUCCAUGAAUAUCAGCUUCAACUCACAGGCUCCUGCCCAACCUCGUCCUCAGACGGCGGCGAAUCUGUCACCGUCGGUGGUGGACCAGCUGCAAAAGAUUAAAGACUCGUGCGACCCAUCGAGCGCGAAUUGCGCUUUUCAGGCGUAUUUUUAUAACAAAGUGCCUGUUGAACAGGCUCUUUUAUACACCAAACCCCCGGGUCAAGAUCAGGCCAAAUGGGACCAAGCUAUCAAGAACCGGCCCGAUUCGUCGUCUGUACCGGUAUUGGCAGUAGGUUUUUCGGAUUUACAGAAACGGGUACUGCUACAACAACAGCAAGUCAAUGCUUAUCGACUGAGAAUGCACGAAAUUAAUAACAAGCUCAAUGAACUAUCCACUCGUCACGAUCUGUAUACGACAGUGAAAAUCAGUGAAAUGAAGGCUCGUCAUAGCAAACUUGUACAUCGAACUCUAGCAUUAGCAGUGAAAAUCCAGGUUUUGAAAAGUCGAGGGUAUGUUUUAAGGCCUGAUGAAGAGGUGCUGAAACAGAAGUUCGAGGCUUUAAAUAAAGAAAUCGAUAACCCAGCGGUAUUUGGACGCAUCAACGAAGUCUGGGCACGAAUGAAGGUUCUGAGAGAACGCGCUCGCGCCCUGGACCAGCAGAUAUCCGUGUAUGGCAACACCGCCUCGUCUGGUAUCAAUUCCACUUCUGCAUCCAAUGGCACAUCUGCUGUUGGCACCUCUAACAUCCUCGACUGGGAACGCGACGAAGAGCAGCUCGACAAACUGUCCAAGAUCCUCAAAGCCCAGCAAAUGGGCAUCUCGUAUCUGGCCAAGGUUCUCACUGACGACACCGAGCAGGUCGACUCUAUGCUGUCGAAACUCGAAGAGGGUGUCGUCAGGUAA